CUUCAGACUUUUCCUUUCCACGUCUGUCAAUCAGGUAUUGAGACAUCAGUUCCUUUAAUUGCAACAUAACUUCCUCCUCCUGUAAACCAAUUUGCACGCGCGUACCUGUGCAGAUGCAUGAGUGUGUAUGUGCCGGUGCAAGUUGUGCAGCACCUGGUGAAAAUCCCCCUCACUUCACUAUAAGAGGAGACAGCAUGGAGUCACAGAGGCACAUCACUCCCAGGACUCUUCCUCUGAGAAACACACACAGAUAACCACCACCACCACCACCACCACCACCAUGAUGCAGAUGCUGCUCGGCUCCUCUCUCGGCCUGCUCCUCCUGCUCAGCUGUCUGAGUGAAACUGCCGAGAGCAAAACUCUUCACCUGGACAGCUGCUCUGUCAACGCUCACACACACGAGCUGCGCAGAUAUUACACUACCAUACGAUCACAUGCAGUAGAAGGAGACAGUGAGAUCGGAGUGAAACUUCUGGACAAAUCAUUGAUCAAGCAUGUUCAGGACGGUCAGAUUUGCUGUUUCCUGCGUCUCGUGCUGCGUUUCUACGUUGAGAGAGUUUUCAGCAACUACGCCUCCGCUCAACCACAGCACCAGAGCUGCUCCAGCGCCCUGGCCAACGCUUUCGUCAGCAUCAGAAGAGACAUACAUAAAUGUCACUGCCACUGUGCAGAGGACACGCAGAGAACUAUUGACUCCCUGCAUGCUGAGUUUAUCAAGCUCAACGUUACCCAGGCAGCCCAGAAGGCCGUGGGAGAACUGGACACGGUGCUGGAGUGGCUGGAGGGACUCGGCCAGAAAACCGUCACAUAA